AUGGAAUCUCCUCCACCUAAGCGACCGCAGCUGACGCUAGCGCUCGAGGCUCACCUGGAUGACUUUUCCAGACCAGGAUUCGUUUGGUCGUACUUGACGUUCUUCGCCGCGGGGGCUACCCUCGUCGCAUCGUGGACUUGCUUUGUCUUGUCGAUUGAUGCGUUUGGGGCUUUGUACCCCGAUGGGAUGGUCGGAUUCGUCUUUCCCGUCAUCAACAUGUCGUCUUUGCUCGUGAUCACGAUGUUCAUGCUCGUGGCGGGUCGCCAGCUGCCACUUCACAUGCGCAUGAAUGGUGGGUUUGCCAGCCUCCUGCUCUCGGUCUUGACGGUACCAGCCCUUCAACUUGCCCCCAACGUCGUUGUUCAAGUCCGCUAUGUUGGGACUCUGGUCAUGGUGAUCGUGACGUCCUUGGCGAGUGCAUUGAUUCAGUCGUCGAUUUAUGGACUGGGAGCUGUGUUUGGUCCUUCAUUCCUUCAAGCGGUGGAUAGCGGCAAAGGAACUGGCGCGCUCUUGUUGGUCGUCGUUCGCAUCCUCACCAAAUGGCUCUACGACCACGAUGAACCAGGCAUGGUCUCGCUGGGCGUCUUUUUUGGCUUUGCCAGUGUCGCGAUUGCUGUUGCAUGGAAGUUGUAUGCCAUGCUCCCCCACAACGAAUACGCUAAACCAGUGCUUGACUUGUACGUUCGCAUCCAGCAUUUGACGCCACUGGCGCUUCCCCUCCCAUCCCCAGUCAGGUCUCCGCAAAAGCGGCACGUCUCCCAGACGUUUUCACCUACAGAAACCACUCCGAUUGUGGAGAAUCCGUCAUCUACCGACGUCGGGUCCAUCCUCAACGUCUUGCGUCUUGCUUGGAAGCCCGUGGCCAUGUCGUUUGCGACGUUUUGCAUCUGCCUCGCCUGCUAUCCAGGGCUCACGACGGCCAUCCGAUCCGCUUCGUUCGGCCCGACGUGGUUUCCCGUCGUUCUCACGGCGGCGUUUACUGUCGGAGACGUUGUUGGGAAGUCGCUACCGCUGACUCUUCGACUCCUCACGCUCGAGACUCUGCACUACCCCCUUGCCCUUCAAGCUACGUUCAUUCCCUUGUUUAUUCUGGCAGUGUCUUCACAUUUGGUGAGCGGCGCGGCAGCCAUUACCCUUGUGGCAGUCCUUGGACUCGUCACCGGCUACGUUGGGACCAGUGCGAUGAUGCUAGCUCCCGCCACUUGCCCCGACGUCGAACACGAAGUUGCUGGUAUGACGGGAUCGCUGGCCACGAUUGCUGGCCUCUUUGCAGGGUCGUACCUUGGCCUGGUGCUGCAAUUUAUGCAACAAUUAUUGCGACCGUUGUGA